UACACCUACACAUCUAAACAUGAGAGGGUUUAGUUUUAAACAUGAGACAUUUGUUAUUCUAAUUGCAUGCCUUAUAUGGUUAUCAACUUCUUCUGCAACCUGCAAUGCUGCAACAACAGCCAAAUAUAGGAGGCACCACCAUGUUCAUAUCCAUAAAUCAAAACCAAACAACGGUUUGAAAUUCAACGUGCUCGAUUAUGGAGCUAAAGGGGAUGGUAAAUCCGACGAUACCAAGGCGUUUCAAGCUGCUUGGGCGAACGCUUGUAAAGCUGAUGCAUCAAUGAUUAUCGUGCCAUCUGGUUACAAGUUCCUCGUGGGACCCACUUCGUUCUCGGGUUCAAACUGUCAUAAAAACAUUGUGUUUCAGCUUGAUGGUACUAUUUUGGCUCCAACAAGUUCCAAAGCUUGGGGCGGUGCAGACCAUUGGCUCGAGUUUACGAACCUUGAAGAAUUCACUAUCAACGGAAAAGGCACCCUUGAUGGAAGAGGCUCAGUUUGGUGGACAGAUUCUACACAUGAUUUUAAACAAGUAAGCGUCUCAACGGAUGAGAAAAAGCAGAAUUCCAGGCCAAUGGCAGUGAUGUUUGUCGGGGGUUCUAAGAUAACAGUCACCGGCAUAACAAUCCAAAACAGUCCCAAAUUCCACCUUACAUUUGACACCUGUGACGGCGUUUUAGUCCACCAUAUCAGCAUCUCAUCUCCCGGUGACAGUCCCAAUACGGACGGAAUUCAUUUGAGAUCCUCCAAGAAUGUGAUAAUCCAUCACACAAAACUUGCUUGUGGAGACGAUUGUAUAUCUAUACAAACAGGAUGUACAAAUGUACUUGUACAUGAUGUUAAUUGUGGACCGGGGCAUGGAAUAAGCAUCGGAAGCUUAGGGAUCGACGGCUUAACAGCAUGUGUCUCCAAUAUCACUGUUAAAAACGUCAAGAUUCACGACACGAUGACUGGUGUUAGGAUCAAGACAUGGCAGGGUGCAAAAGGGUUGGUACGAGGAGUGUCGUUCUCAAACAUCCAAGUAUCUCAAGUCGAAGUCCCAAUCAUGAUCGAUCAGUAUUAUUGUGAUCAUAGCACCUGCAUGAACAAAACAUCUGCUGUCAGUAUAGCGGAUAUUGCGUACGAGAAUAUAAAGGGAACUUAUACAGUACAACCCAUACAUCUGUCAUGCAGUGAUAGCAAGCCUUGUAUGAACUUAAAGUUAUCUAAUAUUGAACUCAAACCGAAGCCAGAUGGUCACCAGAUGUCUGAAACAUUCUGCUGGCAGGCUUUUGGACAGUUAAAUGCUCCGAUUAUCCCGGAAAUUGAUUGUUUGCAGGAAGGACAGUCAUCAAACAAGUGGGGGCAUCAUGAUGCUAAAUGUGCAGCAUAGGAUAGAUACAGUUUGGUGAAUUUGUGUAAUUGCUGACCUUCAUGUCUUAUAGCUAGCUUGGUGGUGUAUAAUAUAUAAUGUAUAUACAAAAGAAUGGAAGAUAAGUUGUGUAAGUGAAAACAGCAUACUGCAAUAGAAAUACUUGUUACUUCCUA